AUGGCUACCCCCUCGGGACCGGCAUCAUGCGGAAAGCAAACAAGAACGAAGGAAUACCCGCUCAUGUCGCGCCGCCAGAUCGAGCAUUUGAUCGCGCAAGGCAGAGUCGUCACAAUCAUUGACGACUUCGUCGUCAAGUUGGACGGGUGGCUGGCAUACCACCCUGGCGGCGACAAGGCUAUCCAGCACAUGAUCGGUCGAGAUGCCACCGACGAGGUCACCGUACUGCAUUCCCGGGAAGCCAAGGCACAGAUGGCCCGGUAUCGAAUUGGGAGAAUCGAGGGCUACUGGAGGAACUUCGUCCCACCCAUCCAGGGGGGCAGGUUCAGGACGAUCGAGCAACGCGGCCCGGAUUUCAAUGAUGCCGAAGACGACGACGCACUGCGCUUUUUCGGCACCUCUUCCCCCUGCGAUAUCAGUUCACGGGAAGCCUCCCCCGUCUUUGACACCACCGAGAACCACGUCCGCCACAGACACAACGCCGGCCAGAGCCCAGAAUCAGCUUCUGGUUCUUCGGCUACAUCAGUCAUCGACUGCUACGACGACAAGGAAAUGGACGGUACUGCCUUUCUCAACUCGGAGACGCGGAAGCAGAUCCGUCUCGACCUCGACAAGUACCCUGCCUUGGACGACGAGACGCAGUCAGAGAUUGUGCGCAAGUACAGGCUCCUCGACAAGCGGAUCAAGGCCGAGGGGCUUUACGACUGCGACUACCGUGCCUAUGCUAUUGAGGUGACGCGGUAUACACUCCUCUUCGCCGCCAUGUUGACGUUUUUGCGAUGGGGUUGGUACUUCCCAAGUGCAGCUUGUCUGGGCUGCUUCUGGCACCAGCUCGUCUUCUCCGCCCACGACGCCGGGCACAUGGGCAUUACCCAUAACUUCCAUGUCGACACAUGCAUUGGCAUUUUCAUCGCCGAUUUCAUGGGCGGGCUGUCCAUUGGAUGGUGGAAACGGAAUCACAACGUCCACCACAUUGUUACGAAUUCUCCCGAGCAUGACCCAGACAUUGAGCAUCUGCCCUUCUUCGCCAUCUCCCACCGCUUCCUCGGGAAUCUGACGUCGUCCUACUAUGAGCGUGUGAUGGAGUACGAUCUCGCCGCGAAGCUGUUUCUGAAGGCGCAGUCGUAUCUCUACUAUCCCAUCAUGCUGUUUGGCCGCUUCAACCUGUACAGACUUUCAUGGGAUCACCUCAUCAUGGGUCGCGGUCCCAAAAAGGGCAUCGCUUGGUGGCAUCGCUGGCUCGAGAUAGCCGGCCAGAUUUUCUUCUGGAUCUGGUUCGGCUAUGGCAUCGUGUUCAAGUCCAUUCCCACUAACUGGGACCGCUUCGUCUUUGUGAUCAUCAGCCACAUGUUCCAAGCUCCGCUGCAUGUUCAGAUCACACUAUCCCACUUCGCCAUGAGCACUGCUGACUUGGGGCCCUACGAGUCAUUCCCGCAAAAGAUGUUGCGGACGACCAUGGACGUUGACUGCCCGACUUGGCUCGACUUCUUCCACGGCGGCUUACAGUUCCAGGUCGUCCAUCACAUGUACCCGCGCAUUCCACGCCACAAUCUGCGCAAGACGCAGCGGCUCGUGCAGGAAUUUUGCAACGACGUGGGCAUUCCGUAUGCCCUCUACGGCUUUGUCGAAGGCAACAAGGAUGUGAUCGGUCGGCUCGCUGAGGUGUCCCGGCAGGCUGCCAUCUUGGCAAAAUGCCAAAAGGUCGCGGCUGAUCACAUCCAGGGCGGCCAUGGUCACUGA